CUCCGUUGUAACAGUGCAGAUAACGGAGCUCCCAGACAAGAGACACCGAAGCGAGCCGUGACUAGUGUUUAUCUAUCUCUCUUCUCUGAAUCAUUCCAAAACUGCAUAACCAGAAGCUUCUUCGCGCAAAGCAAUGACUGUAAAUUACUAAAUCACAGAAAAUCUUAUCCAUUAUCCUCUCAAUUUUACGUUUUCUUUCACGUAUUUCAGUUCAUAGAAAGUUGCAUUAACCAUUUCUUAAAGCUCUAGUCUGUAUCGAAACCCGAAAGCACGGAAAUUUGUGUGCUUCGAGUUUGAAAAACUCGUACGUUUGUAUAAAUCGCGUGUACAGCGUUAGUGUGAAUAUAUGCAUGGAGAUAUGCGCACCUUUUUUUUUCUCCUUAUAUUAAUUUUUUUUUUCUGUGUUACUGGUGAAUUGAAUUGCAUUAUAGGAUUAGCUUGGAAGGAAUGCUGAAAGGACCACGGGAUUGCGGUGGAGUACAGUGAGGUGACGGCGUCACCGUUAAUUCAGCUCAAUACUGGUAGCUGCACUUCCAUUGCUGGAUCUGUUGCAAGCAAUCUUUCUGAGUGCAUUUUGACCACAUAUCGGUGCUAUUGAGUGUACUUUGAUGGUACUGCCUGUGUGCAAGCUUGAAUCUGUUGAAUUUUGCAAAACGGAUGUUUAUAGAAGUCUAUAUUAAGUCGGCAAUGUUGUUCUCUCCGAAUUUUACUUAAUGAUAUUGACUUGGAGAAAUGUUGGAUUUUUGUUAAAAGUAUAAGCAGUUCAUAUUGUUGAUCUUAUUGUUGAUCUGGAGAUGUGCUUCUUAUUGAGCUGAAAAAUUAGAGGGAGUUGAGGGAACAAUCCGGGAUUUACAUAUGGCUUCAUGGGAACAUUUUGGGGAAAUCGCAAAUGUCGCCCAACUUACUGGCAUAGAUGCAGUGAGACUAAUUGGGAUGAUUGUGAAAGCUGCUACCACAGCCCGGAUGCACAAGAAGAAUUGCAGGCAGUUUGCACAGCAUCUCAAGUUGAUUGGAAAUUUAUUGGAGCAGCUCAAGAUUACUGAACUUAAGAGGUAUCCAGAAACCCGAGAGCCAUUAGAACAACUUGAAGAUGCGUUAAGGAGGUCUUAUAUAUUGGUCAAGAGCUGCCAGGACAGGAGCUAUCUUUAUCUGUUGGCUAUGGGGUGGAACAUUGUCUACCAGUUUCGCAGGGCUCAGAAUGAGAUUGACCAAUAUUUGAAGAUUAUUCCACUUAUCACUCUAGUGGACAAUGCUCGAGUCAGGGAGAGGUUGGACUUUAUUGAAAGGGACCAGCAUGAAUACACAUUGGAGGCUGAGGACAUGAAGGUGCAAGAAGUUAUUAUGAAACCAGAGCCUUCUAAAGAUGAUACCAUUAUAUUAACAAAGAACCUUUCUUGUUCCUACCCAAGAGUACCUAUCAAUGAGGCAAUUAAAAAAGAAAAUGAAAAACUCCAACUAGAAUUGCAACGCUCACAAGCUAAUUUAGAUGUAGGUCAGUGUGAAUUCAUUCAGCAUCUUCUGGAUGUAACAGAGGUAGUUGCCACUAACUCUCUAUCAUUGAAGAGUUCACCUAACAAGCCUUCCAAAAAGUUGGAUGAAAGUUACUCAAAUGUUGAUAGUUACACGGAACAUUAUGAUGAAAGUUAUGCUAAAAGUGAUGAGAAACGGGGAACUUCAAGAAACACUUCAUCAGUUUCGUCCAAACAUGAACUGCUGUCUUCGAAGGGUUCACAUCGAUAUGAAGAGUGGCAUUCGGAUCUGCUCGGCUGCUGUUCAGAACCUCUCUUGUGUAUUAAAACUGUUUUCUUUCCUUGUGGUACAUUUUCUAAAGUUGCCAGUGUUGCUGCAGACAGGCAUAUAUCUUCAGCGGAAGCUUUUAAUGAAUUAAUGGCUUAUUCAUUGAUACUAUCCUGCUGUUGUUACACAUGUUGCAUCAGAAGGAAGCUUCGGAAAAAGCUAAACAUCAUGGGAGGCUUUGUUGAUGAUUUUCUCUCUCAUUUAAUGUGCUGUUGCUGUGCUCUUGUCCAAGAAUGGCGUGAAGUGGAGAUACGUGGGGCUCAUGGUUUAGAGAAGACAAAAGUGAGCCCUCCAACCUCUCAAUUCAUGGAAUCCUGAGAAGCUAAAGUUGGCACUAUAGUGUUAAAAAUAUUAAAAGCAUUAUACGGAGGUAACGGUUCGUUACUGUUGUCACUUAAUACCUGAGAGUAUCUUUGCGUGUUCAAAUCUUCCUUGCUGUAGAGUUAUUCUUUAGCACAGGUUCAGUUUGUAAAAGUGACCCAAAGUUCUUUGUUCAUUCGUUUACAUAUGGUUAUACAUGCAUGUGAUGUACGAAUCUGUCACUUACUGGUGUACAUAUACAGGGAAUAUACAUCUGAAAAUGGUUUGGGUGUCUGUGCUCUGAUAUAUUUUUAUGUAGUCUGGUUUUUGUAUGGUACAUUGGCACUAGCCUGUUACUGGA